AUGUCGAAAGCCCCCACGUACAACGGUUACAUAGCCUCCAGCUACGAUGCGCUUUUAGUGAUACAGGCUACGCUCAACGACGGUCUUAGUGCCGUCAUGCGCAGGCCGAAGUCCAAAGACCGGACCGCUAUGAUCGAGUCCGGAAACGUUUUUGUUUUCAUUGAGGAGAGGUCCAAGAUAAAGCGGUGGACAGACGGAAUAUCGUGGUCCCCAAGCAGAAUUCUUGGUAAGUUCCUGCUGUACCGCGAGAUCAUCCCCAAUAAAAACACCAAACUGCGCAAGAACAGCUACAACGGAGUUAACCCUGGCAAGGAGGACAAGCAGGGUCACACGCCUACCUUUGUGUUCAAGGAAAAGGGACUGGUGAAGAAGACAAUGACACUUUCGAUGACUACCAAGAGCAAUACAGUAGAGACAAUCCACUUGAUCUGCUACUACUCGACCGAGGAUGUGGUGAACGGCACUUUGGUAAAACCUUCCGAAACAGAACUCAAGUCUAUCAACAUUGACAAUGACCUGAUCAAGGCUUGGCAAGACUGCUCGCUGGGCGGAAAGGUCCAGCAGGAUUUCGACUACAAAAGUGUUGGCGUUCCAUCCGAUAAGCUUUUUCUUCAGCCACCCAGCAGUUACCGGUAUGAACCCCACUCGAUUCCGAAUAUUUCUAAUUCGUCCGGAUUGCUCGCUUUGAAUUACCCAACGCACCCUUCGGUCCAGAGAUCGCAGUCGCUAUCCAUGGCUUCGUCUCAUUCCCACUCUCUUCCACCUAGGCCGAAUUCACCAUCACAGAACACCGUUAUCCAACCCCUGAUCCAGUCUUGGAAUCAAUACACUCACCAUCCCUACAACCAUGCAUUCUACCCACUACAACAGAACCAUCAGGUUCAUUCCCAGCCCCACCAGGAUAACUCUGAGACUAAUAUUCCAACGCCUACGCUCGCACCUGUCGCACCUGCUCCAGUCCAACAUCCUCCGAACCAACAACUGUACCAGCCACAGCAACCGCUGUUCCAGCAAACACAGCCACAGUCCCAGCACCAGUAUCCGUUGUAUCCGCCUUAUCAGUAUCAAAGUCAGAUCGGACUGGGUGUGAACUCUGGGGUUAAUUAUGGGAUGCCGAGUAAUAAUACGUGGAACUAG